AUGAAAGAUGAAAACUCUUCAAAGAAUAAAGUGGAUGUCAGCGAGUUAGCCGAUGAAGGUGGCGGUCGAUAUACCCAACCUCCAUGUGGUAAACGCCACCUGUAUGAUCUUGCUACACUUAAAAGUCCUCUUUAUCCCAGUUACUACCCUAACUCUAUAGACUGCAACUGGACUAUUUCUGGCACCAAUGGAUCAAGGAUUUUGUUAACGUUUACGUCUUUUUCACUGGAAAGACAUCUAAGUUGUAAUUAUGAUUAUUUGGACGUUUAUGAUGGUGACUCCCCGAAUGCAUCAAAAAUUGACCGAUAUUGUGGAAACGAAUUACCACGAAGUCUGAUAUCAUCUGGAUCACACCUCUUUAUUGCGUUCCACUCGGAUAGUAGUGAACGAAGACCAGGAUUUGUUUUGAAUUUAAUCUCAAAUAAAUUUCAUCCAUGUGGCAAAAGCCACCUGUAUGCUCCUGCUACACUUAAAAGUCCUCUUUAUCCCAGUUACUACCCUAACUCUAUAGACUGCAACUGGACUAUUUCUGGCACCAAUGGAUCAAAGAUUUUGUUAACGUUUACAUCUUUUUCGCUGGAAAUACAUUUAAGAUGUGAUUAUGAUUAUUUGGACGUUUAUGAUGGUGACUCCUCGAAUGCAUCAAAAAUUGGCCGAUAUUGUGGAAACCAAUUACCACGAAGUCUGACAUCAUCUGGAUCCCACCUGUUUAUUGCGUUCCACUCGGAUAGUAGUGAACAAAGACCAGGAUUUGUUUUGAAUUUUUCAAAUAAAUCUCGUAAGUUUACGUACAGCUUUAAGAUAACAUGACGAACAUUGAAAAGCC